AAAAUAUUAAAAACUAUACAUAUGUUUUUUAAAUGUUGUUUUUUUUAACGGGUUUUAAUAGGUGGUAUAAUGUGUGGCUCGUGUAGGAAGACAAUUUCAGUCUUGGGUGAAAUGCGGCCUUCACCUGAGGUUCGUCCCGUACACGUCGCGGUGACUGAAAUAGCUGACUUCCCGCCCUUGCCACACAUUGUACCACCUAUUAAAACAAGUUAGUAAAUCACUUUAUUUCAUUACCACUACCACAUAUCUACGUAGACCUUCGGUCUAUCACGUGAUAUAUAGCUGUAUAUGGAUAGCUGGUAGGAGGAACAUAAUAUUAUGAACAUCGGCGCUAUACCACCAUAAAGUUGUAUGGGUAUUAUCGUCUUUUAUAAUAUAGUGUUAUCUUAUGAAGUUAAAAAUUAAUAAAUUUUCUACAGAUAUUGUCAGUGAUUAAUAUAUAUCAUAUAAUUACAGUAUAUUUUAAUUCCUACAUGUUCGAAUUUGUACGGUUUAGUGUAUAGUGACGUUAAUUUUGUAUACCUAACUUGUGUGUAAGCAUUUAAGGUUUAUAUAUUAAAAUAUAUUUGCUUUAGUCUCAGCUCACCAUUUUUUAGCUAAUCUAACCUAACCUAACCAUGAAGGUGACCUAUUCCUGGAUAAUAUAUUCAUGUUUAAUUUUUGCCCUGAAAGCAUGAUAUCUGAUACACAUUCAAUGCCCAGGCCUAACCGCUGGACCUGUGACUUAUUUGUGCUGUAUAUAUUAUAUUAAAGAGUGUAGAGGUAAGAAAAUUUGCAUUUUACAUAAUAUAUUGGCUUACACAAGAGUUCUGUUUCACAAACAGAAAAGUAAUUUAAAAAAUAAAUUUUUAACGGGCUUGGCAAAUUUACUUUUUUAUACUUAAAAAAAUAUUUUAUUUCAGAUUCUGAGCGGCUCCGAUGAAUAUAUCGAUUUUACAAAGAUAACGAUCCAGCAUUAUGUGUGACAGAAAACUCGAAAAACGACAAGCUGUAUCAUCUUGCUCAGUAGACGAUGAGGAUAAGUUUCAUUGUUCAAAUGGACUGUGUAUCGAAUGGUCGUGGGUCUGUGAUGACCGUAAGGAUUGUUCAGAUGGUUCAGACGAGACCAAAGAGUUAUGUGCUCGAUAUGAGUAUGGAACGAAUAUGACCACAAAUUGUGGUAGAGUGUAUGUCAAAAACGACGAAUUUAUCGACAAUGGUGAAAAAUCACUUGUAACAUUACCUUGGAAUGUUGGAAUAUAUCAAUUAAAUAAAACGAAUUCCAAUUAUGACUUGAUAUGUUUAGGAUCAAUUAUUUCUGUAAAUGUAGUAAUUUCUGCGGCAAAUUGUUUUUGGCAAGAAGAUAUGUUAUCCAAGCAAAUAUCGAUAAACGACAGUCUAUACAAAUUUACCGUUGGAAAGUAUGAUAGAAAUUUUACAAUUAUUAACAAUGACUUGACUCAAAUAGUGAAAGGAGAAAUGGUUUACCUAAAUAAAGGUUUUAAUGGACUUGAUGGGUUAUAUGCUGAUGACAUUGCUGUUAUUGUGUUAGCAAACAAAGUUUCGUUUAGUAAUGGUGUGGUACCUGUUUGCAUCGAUUGGAAGAGUAAAUAUAAUGUAAAGAAUGGAGAUCAAGGAAGGGAUGUUGUUCAGGACAUGGAAAAUGGCUCAAGUCCUGUUUUAUUAGAAAGAUUUUUUAAAUAUUUCGACAUUAAAACUUGUCGAACAAUAAAUGCGCUCGAUUUUAAUCAAUAUGUGACUUUUGAUAAGUUUUGUACUGAAACUAAAUUGGGACAAAUGAAUCUUGACGAUUCCGGAAGAGGAAUAAGCUUUAUACACUUAAAUUCAUAUUAUUUAACCGGUAUAAUAAGUGUCAUUAUUAAUUUGCCUACUUCUACAGUCAUAGCUUGUACAGACGUUAUAUACCAUAUUCAAUGGAUUCGUGGAAUUUUAAACAAACAUUUCACAGUGAGUUCAUGCGUUUUACCAACCGCCAAAGGAGUCGUUUAUUCGUAUGAAGGUUCUAAUGAAAUAUUAUAUCCCGGGACGUUAAUUAAUCAUAACCUGACUGUUAUUGAGAACUGUGAAAUUGGAUAUUAUAAAACUUAUACCAAUGGUUCUAGGUUUUGUAUGGGAAAAGGAAAAUGGCUCACUAAUUUUGAGAAAUUGUGUUUGAAAAUGUGUCCACCUCUAGAAUCAAAUAGCUUAGAUGUUAUAUGUAGUCAUAAAGGUAAGUAUGUUAAUUGUUCAAGUCCAUCGAUACCCGAUACAAUAGCAACACCAUCAUGUAAGCCAACAUAUACUGCACCAAAUGGACAAGAUGAGACUCCGCUUGAAUUAUUAUGUCAAUCUAAUGGAACGUGGAAUAAUCAACUAUAUAAAUGCAAUCCAUAUUGUGGAAGAGUAUUUAUAAAAAAUCAAUUAUUGAUCGAAAACGGUGAAAAUGCAACUGUUGGAACAGCACCUUGGAAUGUUGGAAUAUAUCAAUUAAAUAAAAAAAAAUCUAAUCAUGACUUGAUUUGUGGAGGAUCAAUCAUUUCUCCAAAAUUAGUCGUUUCUGCGGCUCAUUGUUUUUGGCAAAAAGGCAUGUUAUCUAGGAAAAUAUCAAUAAACGAUGGUCUAUACAAAAUCGCUGUUGGAAAAUAUGCAAGAAAUUUUACAGUUAUUGACAAUGACUUUACACAAAUAAUUAAUGUAGAAACUGUUCACCUGAAUGAAGGUUAUUAUGGACCACUUGGGUUUCAUGCUGAAGAUAUAGCUAUUAUUGUUUUACAAAACAGAGUUUCUUUUAGUAAUGGUGUAGCACCUGUUUGUAUCGAUUGGAAUGGUAAAUACAAUGUUGUCAACGGUGAUCAAGGAAAGAUUGUUGGUUGGGGAGAAACGGAAAAAGGCAUUUCAAGUCCUAUUUUAUUAGAAGCUUCUUUGCCAUACAUCGACCGUGGUUCUUGCCGGAAUUUGUAUUCAAAUGGAUUUGAAUCAUUUGUGACUGUUGGUAAAUUUUGUGCCGGUUCUGCAUUAGUUUCAGGACAAGGAUUGGGUAAGGGAGAUAGCGGCGCAGGCUUAAGCUUUUUACACUCUAAUUUGUAUUAUUUAACCGGAAUAGUGAGUAUAAAGGAUCCAAAUACAGAAAACUCAAUAGCUGUUUUUACAGAAAUUAAAUAUCACAUUCAAUGGAUCCGUGGACUGUAUAAUAAACAUAAUUAAGUUAUAUAUAUAAAUAUAUAAUUAUAGUAGUUUUAUGAAAAUAAUUGAUUAGAAUUGUAGAUGAAAUCAAUAUUUGUAUUAAUAAUUUUUCUAGUUAUCUAUGUGUAACAAUAUUCAACUGUUUAUACAAUUGUCAUUAAAAUUAAACAUAAUAGGUACAUAUUAUGCCACAAUACAUAGGUAGUACCUAAUAAGCAUUAUAUUAUGUAUAAUUAACACAU